AUGGCAUUGACGCUGUACAUCAAGGCCGGUCAACAUACAUUACUUGGCGAUUGCCCAUUCUGUCAUCGUGUUCGAAUGGUUGCAGCAUUGAAAAAUAUUGAACCUGAGUUAGUAUUUAUUAAUGUAGCUCACAAGCCUGAAUCCUUUACUAAACUUGGAAGUAAUACCGUUCCUGUGAUGCAGGAUGGCGAUGUCAUUUUAACUGAUUCUAAUGAUAUAUCAUGUUAUUUGGAUGAAAAAUACCAACCUACGAAAGCUCUGGAAACGAACGAUGAAAAUUGUAAAUCUGCUGGAGCUGCCAUAUUUGGUAAAUUUGCUGCAUUGAUGAAGAAUAAAGAUUCAGCUUUGGAUGGUAGUUUAAGGCAGAAACUGCUGGAUGAACUAAGAAACUUUAAUGAGUUUUUAAGCUCGCGAUCGAAUCGGUUCAUCUCUGGUGAUAGUUUAACCCAUCCUGACUGUUCUUUGCUCCCCAAAUUGUAUCAUGUCAGAGUUGCUGGUAAGCAUUUUAAGCAUUUCGAUAUACCAAAAGAUUUUGCAAAGUUGCUUGAAUACUUAAAGGCUGGAUUUGAAACCGAGGCAUUUAAGAAAACAGUUUACCUUGAAGAUGAAGUCAUUGCUGGAUGGCAAAAACAUCUCAAUGGAAAUUGA